CCUCCUCCCUCCUCCUCUUCCUCUGCCUCGCAGCCUCGCUCUUCUUUCCCGGCUCAGCCGCCUAUCCGCGGAGGGGGCGAGACGAGCACAGCGCCCGCAGCCCCUCCCCGGCGACAAGCGAUGGGCGACAUCCCCGGCCUCGUGAAAAUCAGCGUCUCCCUCAAGAUCCAGCCCAACGACGGGGCGGUCUAUUUCAAGGUGGAUGGGCAGCGCUUCGGCCAGAACCGCACCAUCAAGCUGCUGACCGGAGCCAAGUACAAGAUCGAGGUGUCCCUCCGGCCCGGUACCGUCCAGGCCACGACAAUGGGCAUCGGGGGUGUCAAUGUUCCACUGGAAGAGAAAUCAAGGGAUGCACAGGUGGCCUCUUAUACAGGCAUCUAUGACACAGAAGGGGUGCCCCAUACCAAGAGUGGGGAGAGACAGCCCAUCCAGGUCAAUAUGCAGUUUAAUGACAUUGGUGUUUUUGAAACAGUCUGGCAAGUCAAAUUCUACAACUACCACAAACGAGACCAUUGCCAGUGGGGAAACAGUUUUGGCAGCAUUGAGUACGAAUGCAAACCAAACGAAACACGCAGUCUUAUGUGGAUCAAUAAAGAGACCUUCCACUGAAGAGAGCUAAAAAUGAUACUGCUGGACUUUCCCUGAGGAAAAAGCUACCUUUUCAAACCAGCAAGAAGCCUUAACAAAGGCAUCCUGUAACACUGCUUUGUUCCAUAAGGUUUCAACAACUACAUUGUACAUACAGGUGGUGCCACUAAAAUAUUUGCCUAUUACUGUAUUUUAAGUUUACCAUGACAUCUGCAGCUUUCUUUCUCUGUCACUUUGAGAGUACUGAAAACUUCAUGGUAAGGAGUAUUUGCUAGCUGGGUAGAAAUUCAUACCAUCAUAAUACUGUUAUAUUUGGAUUAUUUCCACUCAAUGGUUCCACUAGACAACUUUUGUGAAGUGUUUUGCUUUACGCUUAGAAUUUGGAAGCAACAUCAGGUCAGUGAUUUCUGUAUUUAUGUUUGUGUUUGCUCCUUGAUUAGUCUGCUCCUUUGAGCAUUUUGUUGUACACACCAUCCCAGUGGACAGCAAAACCUGCAAAUUAUGGAUAUUAGUAGGUUUAGAUAAGUGGCAGCUACUGCACUGUUGGUAUUGUGCUUUCAUACCAAGGAAUUUGGAAACUCAUUUUCCCUUUUGUUAAGUGCUGUAAGAUACUCUGUGAAAUUUGCUAAUGAACCAAAUUUUUCCAACCAGCAUUCUUUGCUGUUAAUUUUCUCUGAAAUAGCUUUAGGAAAUGGUAUAAAAUGUGCUCACCUGAAUGAAGGAAAAACCAAUAAAUCAGAUGUGGCAUCAAAGACAUCUAACAACAUGGAUAAUAUCUAUGUUAAGAUCGUGUAGUAUUCUAGAAAGAAACAUCAGCCAUACUUUAUUUACUUCUUAGAGUUCUGAUACCAAUCUCCCCAUUUCUGUUUCAAUGAUGCAUUACUCACAUCAGUGAAAUCCUAGAAAUCCACUUUUUCAAGUCUGACUACUGUAUCAUACCAAAAUCAACAGGAUUUCUGACCAACUGACACUGCAGUGUGAAGAGUGCAGAUCCCAAUGCCAUGUUCUUACAUGCACUGCACCCUUGCACAUGAAGAUCAGCAUGUAAGUGUUUGCAUGGUUAUGACUAAAGGUGCUACCUAAACACUAUAUCAGUGUUUAACAUAUCCAGACAACAAAAUCCAUAUAUUUUCUUCCAGUAAAUAAAGCAGGGAAAAAACUGCACUGUCCCAUCCCCAGUUUAUGCUGAAGUAAGCUGUCAGUCCUUGCAUAUGUUAUAUCCUUUGUGAAUAAUUUGUAAAUGGUGUAUGUAAAUGGUAACCAUGACUUUGGAUCUUUGUAAUAAAGGACUUAAACAAUC